UCCUGGAGCUUUCUUAGUGGCUAUACUGCGUAUACCUGCGUAUCCCGUAGACUACACCACUGCAACAAACACCAACAUGCCCACAUGCACAGAGUUGAGCGGAGCACAUUCACUUUCCGAGGACAGAGAGGGGUAAGAGGCACAAGGCUCCUCCCUGAGAGUUUGUGAAAACAUUCCAGCAAAGUGAGAGCGGUCAAAGAAUUGGAAAGUCUCAGAGCGGCCUCUUACUUUCUCUCUAUCCCUCUCACCUCUUUUGCAUAUGUAGUUACCCUGUAUACAAAAGUGUUUAUACAGUAGGUUGCGUGAAGCUCUGAGGACCGUUCUGGGAGGGGAAAACCUGAAGAAGCAUCUAAAAUCUGGACAAACAAAGAAUCUGAGCGGCCCCCAUUGAUCUGCUCACAAUGAAGCCGGUGUUUGUCCUCCUUGUUACCACCGCCUGGACUUUGACUGGAGCCCAGUAUUACUAUCAGGGGCUGAUGGAUUAUCUGGAGAACAGGUUGUCAGCUAUUGAGGACCGCAUGCAAUUGUGGCAUGAACAAUCCCAUCGCUACCACACAGAGAUGCUGGAUUUCAAAAAGCUAACUGCCGAGGCCAUGGAUGGGCUAAGGAAUGAGCACAGCGUGCUGUUCAAAGACCUGGAAGGAGCUGCAGUCCGAGUGGACCGGAUGGAGCGAGAGAUGGACUACGUGGAAGCUCAGACUUCCCCUCGGGCCUGUGCGAAUAAGGCAGACAAGGUGGUGGAGCAGGGAGCCUGGGGGCUGGAGAGCAGAGGAGAGGAAGAGCAGGAAGAAGACUGGGAGGAGCUGCACUCCAGAGUCUCUGACUGUGUGGAAAUCAUCUCUGGCAUCAGAUCAGUCAAGAUCCUGAAGAGAGUGGGCAGUCCCAAGGGCAUGUGGACCAGAGACCCCAGGUCGUCCAAGGUUUACGUCUUUAACGAGACAUCCGGAGACAGCCUCUACCAGUUCAACUCUGUACGAGACUUUUCCCGCUCUCCUGGCGUCACCGGCAGCCGACAGAUCAGGCUUCCGUCUGAGUGGAGCGGCACCGGCAGCGCUGUCUAUAAUGGCUAUUUGUACUACAUACAGCAGGCGGCCGAUAUGGACAUUGAGGUGGUUAAAUAUGACCUGCUGAGUGGCUCGGUGACAGACAUCGCCAUGUUCCCCGUGGAGAGCCACGCUACAGUUUACAGCCUCAACCCAGAAACCGUUGCGGACCUCGCAGCAGACGACGAAGGCCUCUGGCUCCUGUACGCCAACAGCGACAGUGAGCCCAACAUCAACCUUGCAAAAAUGGACCCGGCCACGCUCGAUAUAGAACAAAUCUGGGACACCCGGUGCCCACGGGAGAACGCCGAGGCGGCUUUCGUAGUCUGCGGGACAGUCUACGUCGUGUACAACACGCGCCUGGCCAGCCGAUCCCGCGUCCAGUGCCUGUUUGACGUCAACGACAUGGUGAUCAGCCAGGAGGCUCCCCUGAUCUACUUUCCCAGGAGGUACGGAGCCCACGCCAGUCUGAAAUACAACCCCGAGGAAAAACAGCUCUACGGCUGGGAUGACGGCUACCAAAUCAUCUACAGACUGACCAUGAAGAGGAAACUGCUGGUGUGACGGCAGGGACGUUGUGUCAUUUUGUCAAAAGGCAAUGCUAAAGAACAGAAGCAGUACAUUUACACACGCUAUGCCAAAAGUCUUCCAGCAGCCUGCAGACUCUUCAUUCACCUUAGAUUGAAUACAGAUCUCCCAUAACAUUACACAUUUUUAAGCAAAUUAAUCCGCCUUUGAACUUUUUAUUUAUUCAUUAGAUCCUUUUUUUUUCCCCUUUUUGUGUGCUAUAUAACAAAACAAACUUGAAAAUGCCACUCGGUUUAUUAGAGGCUGUCGAGUCUUUACUUGCUACGUGGGGUUUUUGUGUCCUCCCCUCAUUUUAUUUGACCAUUUGAUUCGAGAUGGCGAAAUGUAAUUGCCUUUUUUGUGCCGUAGCGGCUUGUUAAGCCACCGGCUGUGUUCUCAUUAUAUGCUGUUUUUUAUUACCACAAAACUCACAGCCAUUUUUUUUGCACGAGCCUUUUAAUCAAAGAAAAGAAAAUCUCAUCACAGAACACGUCACACCCCAUGGGAGGACAAAACAGACUUGUUGAAACAAAAGACAUUCUGUGGCUGAAAUAAUGUCUGAUAUUUCAGUUUACUUUAUUACACACUGGGUCACUCAUAUCCAGAGUCUUGAAAAUGAUCUAGGAACUCAUAAUAGACUUCUUUUUUUUUCUUUUCUUUUUUUUUUUUUUUUGUCCCAACUAACAACUGUUGUCAAUCACCAGAACAUUUUCUCAAACAUUUCUAUUAUAACAAAUACAAAAUGUUCAAUAGAAAAUUGGAAAUUCAGAGUUAUCAUAACAGUUGGAAGGGAUACAAGAUCAUAUCAAGAAACAUUACAAUAUUAGGCAAAGCUAGAAGGUCUUGAAACAGUUGAUUUGACAGGUUUCUUCUACUAUGAAAACACCACAUUGUCAGAGAAAUAUAGGACCGUUCUAAAGCACAUGUUUCAGACAAAAAAAGGACAUCAUUAUUCAACCACUUGUUUCAACACUAAAAUAAGAUAUUAGAAGUCUAUGAAUAAUGCCAUUAGAGAGAGGAAUUUCACCAUCAAAACAACCGUGAAUGAGAGCAAAUUUUCAAACUGUCACAUCCGUGGAGGGGGGGGCGGUGUUGACGCUGUGAAGGAUUACAUCAAGCAUGAACAAUAGUGCACUGACUCAUUCUCGCUCUAACAAGUGCCAAUUCGAGAACUGCCACGGCUCUGUAAACGCUGACCUGUCCGCCCAUCAGCAGCCUCCCCCAACCGUCUCAACCUUACACACACACACACACACACACACACACACACACACACACACACACACACACACGCACACACACUGAGGUACUAACUCGCUCGCUCUGGGAGAACGUACACCCAUGAAGGAAAUGACUAAAACAGAUCCGGCUGGUCUGCUGAAUACAUCUGUUCAAGUCUUCAUGUCUGGCCGAACAAUUUCACACACUCUGUCAUGCAUAAAAUGUUUGUCGUACAGUAGUUUUGAGACGUAGUAUCACUCGUCCUCUGUCGCUGAACGAGGCACCAGAAGUCUAGACCGGUCUAAGUCGCAGCCAGGAACCUUUGUAACCUAUCCGAUUUGAGUUGCUGUGGGCUGCUGUUGAGAUACUACGGAUGCUAUUCGGUAAAUGCUCCCCCAUAUCGAAAAAGACAUGAUGUGUACAAGCCGUACUAACUAGAAUCUGUAAAUGUUUCCUUGCAGUUUUCCUGCCUGAUAUCAUGCUGACUCCGAAUGCCAAUUACAGCAAAAAGAAACUACUACUGCUACUGGAGGGUGAACUGGAGGAAGAUCACGUAAAUAGCAACCAAAUUGUUAUGUUUUAUUUCUCCUCAUAAAGAUAUAUGGAACCUCCGUUAUGUAAUGUGUUUAAUUUAAAGCAAG